AACACCUAGAUGUUAUACUAGUACGCGUACAGCCAGUACGAAAUUGGAAGUUGCUGUAAAAAGUGAAAGUGGUGCACUUCUUUCUUUCUCUCUUCUUCUCCUUACAACCUCUAGGAAAAUGAAGAUUGUUGCCCUUAUAAGUGGUGGCAAGGACAGCUGCUACAGUAUGAUGCAAUGUGUUGCAGAGGGACAUAAGAUUGUUGCCUUGGCAAACCUGAAACCUGAAAAGAAAGAUGAAAUGGAUAGCUACAUGUUUCAAACAGUGGGGCAUGAUGGUGUUGAGUUGUAUGCCCAAGCUAUGGACCUACCACUGUAUAGGAGGACAAUAUUUGGUUCAUCUAUCGUGACAGAUAAGAAUUAUGUGCCUGAUAUUAUGGAUGAAGUAGAGGACUUAUUUCAAUUACUGCAUAAUAUAAAGAAAGAUAUAGACUUCGAGGGAGUGUCAGUUGGCGCUGUUUUAUCCGAUUACCAAAGAGUCAGAGUUGAGAGUGUAUGUAGUAGACUGGGUUUAACUGCAGUGUCAUAUCUAUGGAGAAGAAAUCAACAGGAGUUAUUAUUGGAAAUGAUAGCAUGCAAUGUCAAAGCCAUAAUCAUCAAGGUGGCUGCUCUAGGAUUGGAGCCGUCAAAACACCUGGGUAAAACACUUGAAGAAAUCUAUCCUCAUAUGUGUGAUAUGAAGUUAAAAUAUGGAUUAAAUGUGUGUGGCGAGGGAGGCGAAUAUGAAACAUUCACACUGGAUUGUCCACUGUUCAACAAAAAAAUUGUUGUCUAUGAAACUACUAAAGUGAUCCAUUCCGACGAUGCGUUCGCAACUGUUGCUUAUCUCCGACUCAAGAAUAUUACAUUGGAAGAUAAGAAAAUUGACACAAGUCUCGGUAUGUUUGAGAGAAUGAAGGGUCUACCAAUAAAACAGGGUUGUAAGCUAAUAGAAGAAUUAUUUCCUUUCAAUGAUCAAAUUCCGGAACCUACCACUUUACCGUGUUCACAGCCCCUUGUCAAGCUACGAACACCACAGCAGUUGGACUGUUCAGAUCGAAUAGUCUGUAAUCAUGGGAAUGGUUUUCUGUCUGUUUCUGGAAUAACUGCUGUUCAAGAUGACACAAACGAAGAAUGCGAUAUCGGAAAACUUACAAUGAAUGCUAUGGACAGACUCAAAGCUGAAAUAACAAAGGAAGGGAUGGUCAUGGAGGAUAUAUUCUUAGUACAUUUAUAUAUAAAAGAUAUGGCAAUGUUUAAAGACAUCAAUUCUAUGUAUUGUCAGUAUUUUACUCUCAAUCCACCAGUCAGGGUUUGUGUUGAAAUUGACUUGCCUGGAUCAUCCAUACUGCAAAUAGAUUGCUUGGCGUAUCAGCCACCAGAUGACAUCAGUGAGAAUGUUAUUAUGACAAGGAACACUAUGCAUGUACAGAGCCUAUCACAUUGGGCUCCUGCAAACCUGGGACCAUAUAGUCAAGCAAUUCAGUUGGGUAAUGCCUUUUUCUUAGCUGGACAGAUUGGACUAUGUCCCAGCACAAUGGAGCUGAUAGAGGGCGGUAUUCAUCCCCAGACCAGGCUAUCACUACGUAGUGUGUGUAGAGUGCUAUCUGCCAUGAAUCCAAGACUUGAUUUGUCUCAUGUGCUACAGUGUAUUUGUUAUGUCACAAAUCAAGCAUUUAUACCCGUGGCUAAGAGGGAAUGGAACUAUGCCCUGGAACAAAUUGAUUUGAUGAAUGGUUACUGUGGUGAUGACAAUGACCGUUCUGGUCUGAUGACGUAUGUAGUUGUACCAACACUGCCUAAAAAUGCAUUAGUGGAGUGGCAUGUAGUUGCUCAUACAAACAAACAAACUUGGAAAUAUUACAGCGACUGCUCCAGAGGCUGGAAUAAUUAUACCAUAAGCUGUCAACGAUGUUUUAGUUUGGAAGACUGCUUGGGAUCGCUGCAAGUCACACUCGAGGUCCACGAUGAGAGUAAAGUCAUUGAUCUUCGGAAUGUUAUGCCCAAUAUUGUGGAAGAUGUAAAGAAAGAAGGGUUGCCAUGGAAAAAUAUGCAAAUGUUAAGAGUAUUUUACCACCAGGAUGUAUUACACCACAGUGAUCUUCACGAUGCUUUUGUGAGGUGCUUUGAGAAGGUAUGUGAAACACUACCAGCGUUUUCUCUUGUACCUGUGAAGUGUCUUUCCACGCAGUCAGCGAUAUUGAUGAUAUGUGCAUGGAUGCAAGGGUGAGGAAACAUCUGCUGGUCAAGUAUUGGUGACAUCAAUAGAAGCAAGAAGAAAUGCAAGACUGUUUUUUUUUUUUUUUUUAGAAUCAUGAGGGUUGAAAGGUGGGAUGAGGAGAUGGGUAGCUAUUUUGUAACGUCAACUCUCAUCUCGGGUGAAAUUUUAAAUUAAUACAUGUAACUAAUUAUGUUUUUAAAAUUCAAAUUUUUAUUCUUCAUUUGAAUAAAGCCUAAAAUCAUGUCUGUGUACAGAAUGAUUUUAAUCAUUGAGCGUCACACUGCAUGAAACUCUUGUUGUUUUGAAUACAAAAUAUGGCAUCAGUAUGUGUAUUUGCAUAUCAGUGCGGAUGUCUAUUAUUUCUCCCUUCUGAUGCAGCAUCUGAUCUCGUCCAUUAUAUCCAAAAUUGUUUUAAGUCAAGCAAAGAGAGAACUGUUUACUAGUGAACCGAAUAUUGCUAUAGCAACAAUUGAUUAAAGGUGGUUACAUGGCAGUCUUUUUAAAUACCGUGUGAUAUAUGUUUUCUCUUGUAUUCACAGACACAGCUGUCAUGAUUGUACACGCAAUCCCACAUUCAUAGAUUUUACUUAAUAUUGCCCAAUUGACUUAUUGGCGGUCAGAUGCUGUAUAAAUAUUUGAGAUCAAAUUUAAAAGCUACCACUUUUACUGAAAGGGCCAUAGUUAUUGAAAACUGUGUCCAUUCAAUAUGUAGCAAUGUAUGUGUACACGCUCAAAUGUGUCGUUUAUUUUGAAUUCAAAAGAUAUUUGAAAUAUCUUUUAAAUCAGGAUCAUGUCAAGUGAAGGUCAAAAUUAAUAUUUAAACUCAUAACUUAAUAUUGACUUUCUGGUUUAGAUGGGCAUAUGUAUUUGAGAUCAAUCACUGGUUAAAUUCACUCAGUGUGUUUGUUUUCCUUAAUAAAAUUUAUUUGUAUAGAACGUAAAA